ACUUCACCACCAGUAUCAAACACAACUUUUUCCUCUUCCUCCUUUAUAUUCCAUCUCUUAGGCUCCUCCGGCCAUUUCCCCUCUCCACCAGGUAAACCAGAUCCUGCAACUCCAGAAGAACCAAAAGAAUCAUCGGAAGAGAAAGGUCCAGACUUAUCAUCGUUUACUCCAGUGAAACUCCACGGAACAUCAUUCCGAUUACGACCAUUCCCGUCACCAUUUCCUCCGCCGCCGCUACUGUUAGUCGAAAGCGGACGAAUAAACGAAGAGAAGAUCUGAGAAUUUGAUUUCGAUGAAACUAGGGUUACGAAACGGAGAUUCGAAUGUCUAAGGAAUAAACGAGAGAGCAUGAUGGUGAAGACGAACACUUGAGAUUCACAGAUUUGGGAGAAACAAAGUUGCAGAAGUUCGAAGAAGAACGCCGUCUUUUUGCUUCUCUGUUUCUCCGUCGAGUCUCCCGGAGAUUUCAUAGAAUCCAAUCGCCUCAAAUCGAAUCGCUAAUCUAGUUGAAUCAAGAUGGUUUAUAUCGCAUCGUGGGACGAAUUCGUUGAUCGAUCUGUUCAGCUUUUUCGAGCUGAUCCGGAAUCUACUCGGUAUGUGAUGAAGUAUAGACACUGUGACGGCAAGUUGGUUCUUAAGGUUACUGAUAACAAAGAGUGUCUCAAGUUCAAGACAGACCAAGCACAAGAAGCGAAGAAGAUGGAGAAACUGAAUAACAUAUUUUUCACCCUCAUGGCCAGAGGACCUGAUGUCGAUCUCUCAGAAGUCACCGGGAAAGAACAGAUGGAGACACAGCCUGCCAAGAAAGGAAGAGGAAGGAAGCAAUAAGUCUCAAGAUUUGUUUUCCGUUUGUCUUGGUAUCAAGAUUUUGAUCCAUUUUUGUUUGAUAUUUUGAGAUGGUAGGGUUGUCAAGAUUCGUUCUAAAGCUUACGACUUUUUUUUACACUUUGAUCGAUUAAUCACUUUUGGAUUAGCCUAAACCCAAAAGCUAACCUUUUUAACUUGGAUUUUGAAAGUUGGC